AUGGAACCAAGUACAAUCUUUUCCAAGGCCGAUACAACAGAAGCUGCAGCAUCUUCCCAGGCAAGUCACGCAGCUACAAAUAGAGGUGACAGCACCUCUGACAAAGUUGCCUCCGACCACCCACCUGAAACACUCGUGUCAGAUAAAAGUAGCAGCAGUUCAAAACAAUCUGCUUGCAAAAGUAAACAAAAGCGAAUACCACUCCCAAAAGCAAUAUCUGGUAAAAAGUUUCAUGAUCUGCUUGAACAAAGAAAACAAAUUAAACAGGAAGAAAAUGCUAAAAAAGAAGCACGUAAAGUUAAAAGAGAGGAACGCAAGAAGGAGCGAGAGGAGCAGCUGAAACAAAAGCAAAAGGAUAAAGAAGAAAAGAAACUACAACGAGAACAGCAGAAGGAAGAACUAAAGAGAAAAAAACAAAUUGAAAAUUUAGAGCAAGAACUUAAAAAGAAACGGAAAUCAAAGGAUUCUGAUAUAGAUAGUACAGAUGAAGAAAAUGAAGCUAUUGAAAUCUCCCUUGCUGAUGACGAAAUGGCCGAUGUAGAAACAAGUUUUUCUACCACCAAAUGCUAUUCUUGUGACCAGGCAUUUGAUGGAGACUCCGAAAACUGGAUUACAUGUCACAAAUGCCCACGUUGGUUACAUAGAGCUUGUGUUGAAAACAAUUGA